AAGAAAGAAAGAAAGAAAAAGUUCGCGUGUGAUGUGUUUGUAUCCUCAGUCUUUUUCUCUCUUAAGUGUUUAUUGAGUGUAAACAGAGUCUUGUCUCUGUGCAUUUUAGUGUUGAGAUGUUGAUGAUGACAGAUGAGAUGUGCUGUAAAUCAGUAGGAACUGAUCUGUCCAUGCUGGAUAUUGAUGAUUACAUCACAGAAAUCUCUCAGCUGAAGAAAGAGGUGGCGUUACUGGAGGCAAAACUGAGUUCAAGAGGAGAUUUAGGACUGAAACGAGAGGAUGUGGAUUGUGGUGAAUCUUCAGUGUAUGUGACUGAUGUUGUGAGUCUGGAUCCAGUGUGGAUGAGCAGAGAUCAGAGCCGCACACCACAGCCACUGCUGGACUCUAAACUCUCUGAAGAGAAAUCCAGACACACACAGGACUCAGAUCUCAGUCUGACUUUACUCUGUUAUACUGAGUCAAAGCCCACAGACACUCAGGACACUACAGUGUGUGACAGUAAACAGAGCUUACAGGAGGAUCAAACCUCCACAGAGUCUCUGGAUUCUGUCUGUAACGCUGGAGAACAGCAGCAGAUCCUGAAGAUGUGUUCAGUUAAACUCAUCGACUGCAGGAACCUCAUGAUGAAGAUUGAAACUGAACCCACAGAAAUCAAAAUUGAACCCACAGAAGAGGAAGAUCACACUGAGGAAGAUGAUUUUAUUCUGUCAGAUGUGAAGAGUGAAGAAAUAACGUCCUCAACAUCAAAAGAGCGACUGACAGCAGAAACUCUGCACAAACAGACAUUCAGCUCACAGAGACAUUUAGAGAGACAUGAGAGAGAACACAGAGAACAUGAACUCUUCACCAGAUCUGAGAUCAGUUUAACUAUGUCACAAGAGAAGAAACUUCAUUCAGAAGAGCACAGAGAGAAGAAGAUGAUGAAGAAGCAGCAGUUUCACUGUGAGCAGUGUGGGAAGGGUUUUGUCUUCUUAUCUUGGCUAAAACUUCACAUGAGGACACACAGUGGUGAAAAGCCUUUCUACUGCACUGAAUGUGGAAAAUACUUAAGCACCAAACAAAGUCUUGAUUUUCAUAAGAGAAUUCACACAGGAGAAAAACCAUACGAAUGUCCUCACUGUGAGAAGAGAUUUAGACAAAAACAAUGUUUAAAGUCACACAUGCUUUUACACACCAAUGAGAGAACGCAUCACUUUAGGGAUUCAGAUUCAUUAAAAUCACAGCAGAAUAUUUACUCUGUAGAGAAAGUCUAUCAAUGUUCACACUGUGAUAAACGUUUCUGCAAUAAACAUCAGCUGAUAAUCCAUGAGAGAAUUCAUACUGGAGAGAAACCUCAUCACUGUCAUGUUUGUGGGAAGAGUUUUAUUCAUCUUAGCAGUUUCAUGGUACACCAGCGAAUUCAUACAGGUGAAAAACCUUUCAAAUGCUCUCAGUGUGACAAGACGUUUGCUCAUUCAAGCCACUUAAAAGACCAUCAGAGACUUCAUACAGGAGAGAAACCUUACAAAUGCUCUCGGUGUGACAAGACGUUUACUCAGUCGAGUCACUUAAGCGACCAUAAGAGAAUUCAUACUGGAGAAAAACCUCAUCACUGUAAUGUUUGUGGGAAGAGUUUUAGGCAAUCGUCAAACUUUCAAAGGCACCAGAGAAUUCAUACAGGUGCUACAUUUUACAAAUGCUCUCAGUGUGACAAGAUGUUUACUUCAUCAACUAACUUAAAAGCCCAUCAGAGAGUUCAUACUGGAGAGAAACCUCAUCACUGUAGUGUUUGUGGGAAGAGUUAUAGUCAAUCGUCAAACCUUCAAAGGCACCAGAGACUUCAUAUAGGUGCUAAACCAGUGCUUUAAGUGGGCCGGAACGCGCCGGUAUUCAGUACCGCCACUUCCAAAUAUAGCUCUUGAGCGUACCACCACCUCUCCGUGCGCCCAGAACGUGCUUUUAGCGUACCGGAACGCUCAUUUGCCAGCUGUUUAAAAAUCAGAGGUUUCAUUUAAUCCUUUGACUGCGCUGCCGCUUUUCAGAGCGCCCUUCACAAUGUACGCUUCUUAAUUCGUCUCACCGAGAGCAGAGACUACACAUACACCCAUGCGUUUACAAGUUAAAAGCGCAUGCGUCGCUUUUGCCGCUGACUGUCAGUAGCUGUGUCCCAAUUCAAGGGCUGCGACCUUUUAA